CUGGUCCCGCCUCCCCAGUCCGAGUUCUAACUGUUCUUCCUUCUUCUUUCAAUCUCUCUCCUCUGCCUCGGGUCGGCCAGUCGACGGGCCGAGCGGCGGGGAAGGACCCUGUUAACAGCCUGUCUGUUGAGGGUUUCGUCCAGAAGACUGUGGUGACUUCACCUGAGGUUGCCCAUCUCUCACUUUUCCUCUUCAUGAUACCCAUAGCUCAUAGCAUCUGUGGUUUGGUGAAAUGCGCUGCCUACUGAGCAUCAUCUUCACUCACAUGUCCAUCUAUUUAGGAAAGUACCACCACAUGUUGUGCAAUAAGUCCCCCAACUGCGAAUUCAUGUUCACUUCUAGAGCUGCAACGAUUAGACGAUGGGAACAAGAAUCUCACACUAUUUUGAUAAUCGAUGGAUCAUUGAAGGGACCUUUCAUGCAACACAUUUAGUUGUUGGCCUCUCUGAAAUAUUGUCUGUGCUUCAUAUCAUAUUAAACUGAAUAUCUUUCAGUCUUUGGACUGACAAAAGAAGACAUUUAAAGACAGUUAUUAUCGAUUUAUCAAAAAAGCAAUCCGCAGAUUAAUCGAAAAUUAAGAAAUAAUUGUUAGUUGCAGCCCUAUUCACCUCAUCAUGUGCCACGUCUACAUUUUGUUCCCUUUACUGUGAUUCAAAUGAUUUGAUCUAUUACUCUUUUUUUUUGCAGCAGCUGUGCUUGGCAUAUCUAACUGUGUUUAAUCUAUACCAACAUGUAGGGCUCUGAGGAGUGGGUAUUGAUUGAAAAACAAGAAACUUAUCUACAGGACCAUGACUGGAAGACAGAAGAAAAGAACAGAGCAUCUGAUUCCUCAUGGGAGAAAAUGGAGCUGGAAAGAGAGAUAGACAUUGCCCAGUUGAUGCAUAAAGAGGUAACAGGGUAUGACAGAAAAGAAAUGAAAAGCCAUAGUGAUGAUUUUCCAUCAACAAAAUCGUCCAGAGAGGCAGAUGAGUGCUCUGAACCGCGGCCGGCGAGCAAAAGUCGCUUCGUGAUUCAAUUAACGGAGAGUUCAGACUCCUUUGAAGACAAAUCUCAAAGCAAACCGUCUCACGCCUCAGACCCCGAGGCAAACAACGAUGCGGCCGCCAGCUCGCGGCAGAUGAAGGAGCGCACUGCUUCUAAACCACGGAAAAAGAGGAGACCCCAGAGCUUAAACCUGGGGAUGCCUGCCGAGCUCAUCUACGAGAAAGGAAGCGGGGAUUCCACUGAAGAAGAGAAUGAGGACUCGGAGUCGGACAACAGUCCGGAGGAAGACCCCAAAACAGGAAAUCAUUGUGAAUCCCCGGCCAAAGAGAUGAUGAGAGAUGACGAGGGAUCAGUAGAGGAUCAGUCCGGCAGUGUCUUUAAAGACAGCCGACAAGAGGACAUGUUGCUCGGAGAAAGCGGGGCGGUCUCCACUCUAGGAACAGAGCAGGUGAAGAGAAAGAGUCAAGUUGAGCCAGCCGACGUCGAUUCAGACUCAGUGAACGGACUCGGGAAGAUGGAACAUGAUAGUUCAUUGACGGGCGUUAAAGGGGAGUGUGCGAUGAAGAUGCGGGGGCGGGGCCUUAUCGACAACAAAGAGCUGGCCGAGGUUAAGCUGCGACAGGUGAGGACACACGAGAUGAAGGUCAGCAGUUCCGGGGGGGAGGGCGUGGACGGUUUCACGGGAGGACAGAGGACGUCCCUCCAUCGGCUGUCGGGCAGCAGCUGCCAGUCGGAGAUCUCCAGGAUCGUCCCUCUCAAGCCAGAGCGCUCCAAGAGCGUCGCGGGGAAGGACGAAAGAGACGACACGGGACAGGACGAGCUCACGCGGGUCCUCAGGAGAGAACACCGCUGGUCGGUGGGCUCUCCAGAGAGAUCCCUAGACCUCGCCUGGACCGACGCCGCCGGCGCCUGCCACCCGUCGUUCGCAGGAGAUCUGGAGGGUACCGCUAAAACAGAUCAUACCGAGGAUGGUCGCCUGUACGCUCGAGGACCCGUAGAGAGUCAGUCGUUCGGCUCAAAGAUUUCGUCGCUUCACAAAAUGGCUCCCCCAGCCCCGCCAGUGAAAACCCAGAAGGCCCGGGAGUCCGGGCUGAUACUGCGGAACAGCCGAACUGCCGGCGGCAGGGAGCCGAGCCUGGACGCAGCCAAGAAGAGACGCUCGGAGCCCGUCUCCACUCCCGCCAUUUAUGAAGAGCCGUUUGCUGAUUUCAAGAGGGAGCUCGGGGACAGGAGGCCUCAGCCGGGCCUGGACCCGGAGGAGGAGCAGGAGCGGGACACGUUGGCCUGCAUGAGGGAAACCCAUCUGGGCAUCGAGCGCAAGUGCUCCAGCAUGACGGUCAGCUCCACGUCCAGCCUGGAGGCCGAGGUCGACUUCACCGUCAUCAUGGACCUCCACUCCGGCGCCGAGGACUUCUCUAAGUGCAUGUCGGAGGCGGGAGUGAGGGAGCGGCAGCCCGAGGUGGGCCGGGAGGACUUCGAGGAGACCUCCAGGUUCUACUCCGCCCGUCUCAUGGGCUCUCGGGACAAGUCUCCCAUGGAGGAGAAGCUUCUUGAGGAGGGAGCACAUCAUGAGCCUCCCGUGGCGAGGAAGGAAGCCAGCGCUGUGACCAUGGCCCACAAGCUGAAGAGGGCCGACUCCAAGAGCGAGGCGCAUACGAAUGGAUCCGAGGUCCAGCCCGGCGUCACGCAGGUCUCACCGCAGAACUUUGGAGUCGUCAGCCCUCGGGAGGCUCCUGCUGGCCUGAAAGAAAAUGGCUCCCCUGUAAAAGCCGGAACCCACGGGAGGGACUCUGUCGUGUCCCCGCUGACCAUCACCGCUGAGAGCGUCACCUCAGCAAUCACAACUCAAGUUACCAAGACUGUGAAAGGAGGCUACUCGGAGACCAGAAUCGAGAAAAGGAUUAUAAUCACAGGAGACGAUGAUGUGGACCAACAUCAGGCCCUCGCCAUGGCGAUCCAAGAGGCCAGGCAGCAGCACCCCGACAUGCUGGUGACAAAAGCGGUGGUCAUCAGGGAAACAGAGUCUCCCAUUGAGGAGAUGCGGCAACAUCAAGCAGAGUCCUGAUCGGCCAUGGUGGCUCCUGAGACGGGCCAGGGGGGAGGAGCCUCCUCCGGGCCUGCUCCCCCCUCCCCCGCAGUACGCCACCACCCAGAUGUACGAGGACUCUCCACCCCGCCUGGGGAAACACUGAAACAAGAACAGACUGCGUUCCACGAAGCAGUAGACCUCCACUCCCGACUGUGACUCGGCCUGUGACCCAAACCCCCCCCACCCCCCGCCUUGCCUACCUGUCCCGGCCCACCCAACCCGCCUCAUUACGGGAACUGGAAAACGUCUUCUACUGGAUGAUCCAGUCGCCGCAGCUAUUUUAAUCCCCCUCCGUCCGAGUCAUUCGUAGGAAGCCUGACUUGCAUAUUAUUUAAUCCAAUAUACAUUUUGAUUCCCUUGAACCACGAGUGUCAUAAGAAUCGAAGAGUCUUCAGCCCAACACCCUUCCCUCAGAUUACUUUGAAUCGUGCGUUUCCAAAACAUGUGUCCCAUAUAUAAUACAUCUGGUAUAUAGAUGGGAGGGGGGGUGGGGGGGUCGAGUGAAAGGAUGGCGGUGGGGUGUCGCCUCCUGGCUGCGACACCUUCAGUAUAAUCAACAGCUGUCGUAUUAGCUUUUUACAUUUUUAUCUAUAGAGGAUCUAAUUUAUGUCCCAGUGUUUGCUUGUUUAUGAAACGUGUAUAAUAUCAGAUAAUCUGCAUGAUUACUAAAAAAUAAAAAAAUUAAAUUAAAUAGCAGAGGGAAUGAAAAAAAAAAAUUAAUAAACACACAAACAUGUCCACAUUAUAAAUCCAUGAAAUGCUCUUGAGAUGAUGGGACUGAGCACCUGUAGAGAAACUGUAGAGAUCACAGGCCAGUGGGAAGUGGACACGAGACGGAUGAUGACGAGUUCCACUGAGGAAGGACAGCAAUGGACGCCGUCCUCGUCCCGUUUCACCGUUUACCUUUUUUUUAUUUAUUUAAAUUUUUAACUCGCCUUCUACAUAAAAAUAAAUGCUGGUCACACG